AUGGAACAUAAUGAGUUGACAUUAAGUUUCCAUAACCUUAUUAAGAGAGAUGAAGAACUAUACAGUUAUACAAACUACGCGAUGGCAACACCAACCCCUACGACCCCGGGCGACUGCUUACCGGGAAUAUUUCAGCAACUGGACUCAUUGGCCACUUGCGUUGACUCAGACUUUGACGAGAGUCUUGCCGUACCAGAGUCCCUUUCGGUGAUCGAAGUGGACAAAGUUGGGAAUAAAGAAGAGAUCGAUGCGAAUACCCCACAUGCGAGCGUACCUUUCAAAGCCAUCCACAAUCCCCCCAUAAAAUUCAACUCGGUGCAUCGAAAAGUAUUUAUACCAGGCGUUGAAAUAAAGGUCAGAUUUAUAGAAAACGAAAGGAGCGUCACUACGCAUCUGCUCAAUCCCAAUUUAUAUACAAUCUCUCUCCAACAUGGCGAAUUCACGUGGACGAUUAAAAGGAGAUACAAACAUAUAUUGUACCUGCACCAACAGUUAACUUUGUACCGAGCGUCUCUCGACAUACCAUUUCCAACAAAAACGCACAAAUGCAGAAGAGCAAGCUUAAAAAACACAGUGAAUACCGAGGAAAUGGCCGAGAAAAUAGCAUUAGAAGCUGUACCGAGGAACAAUCCAAAAAAAAGAGAGGGGAGGACGAGAAAGAGGAAAGGCGCCUUACCUAGGUUUCCAAAGAAACCAGAGGUUAUGAUCACCUAUGAAGGCAUACAAUUGAGGAUGAAACAACUGGAAGAGUAUCUCUUCAACCUGCUUAAUAUUUCCAUUUACAGAAACCACCAUGAAACGGUAAAGUUCCUGGAAGUGUCCAACAUAUCUUUCAUAUCGGAGCUGGGCUCCAAAGGCAAGGAAGGCAUGAUACAGAAACGCACGGGUUCCACGCAGCCUGGUCAGGCCGGUUGCAAUUGUUUUGGACUACUGGGCACAAUGGUCUGUGUCAGAUGCCACUACUGCUGCACGGGGCUCGUGUGCGCCAAAUGGCAGGAGCGGUGGCUGUUCGUUAAAGACACGUUCUUCGGAUACAUUCGGCCGACAGAUGGCACCAUAAAAGCAAUUAUGCUGUUCGACCAAGGUUUUGAAGUAUCAAGUGGAAUGUACUCCACGGGGCUAAACCACGGCCUUCAAAUAUUGAAUCAAAGUCGACAAAUGGUAAUCAAAUGUUGGACAAAGCGAAAAAGCAGAGAAUGGAUUAGUUUCCUUAAAACUGUAGCGAAUCAGUCAGCGCGUGACUUCACGUUCCCGAACGUGCACCAUUCGUUCGCGCCGCCGCGGGCCGGCACCGGCGCCUGCGCGCUGGUGGACGGCUGCGCGUACUUGUCCGCGGUGGCCGACGCCAUGGAGCUGGCGAAGGAGGAGAUCUUCAUCGCCGACUGGUGGCUCAGCCCCGAGUUGUACAUGAAGAGACCCACCCUCAACGGAAACUACUGGCGGCUCGACUGCAUCUUAAAGCGGAAGGCGGCGCAGGGCGUGAAGGUGUUUGUGAUGCUGUACAAGGAGGUCGAAAUGGCACUCGGCAUCAACAGCUACUACAGCAAGGCCAUUUUAACUAGGAAAAAUGAAAAUAUUAAAGUCUUUCGACACCCAGACCACGCGAAAGCUGGUGUGCUGUUCUGGGCCCAUCACGAGAAGAUCGUAUGUGUGGAUCAGACUGUCGCUUUUGUCGGUGGAAUCGACAUGUGCUAUGGCCGAUGGGAUGACCAUAAACAUAGAUUGACAGAUCUAGGUAACAUAGCUCAAUCAAAGACGUCAAUAAGGACUAAGAAAAAAACGUCUAGUUCCCCAGGCGGCGGGAUUUAUGUGCCGCAAGGCAACGGAUUCGAUGCUGCACUGGAAUUAGCUAAGAGUUCCAGGGACAUCGUUAUGGGGCUCAAUGAGCCGUUACAAGACAACGUGACCGAAACUGAAGAACCAGACGAACAGUCACAAACCGAAAUAGAAAAGCCACCGGAGAACUUACCAGUUUUAGAACCAGGCGACCAGCUACUAAUAACCUCGACUAAACAAGUGGACGACUCACAACUCGAUGGGCCGGACAACCAAAAGAGAAAUGUACUAAAUAAAAUCACGGACAGAGGGAAAGACAUAAUUAGCAUGAUUUACCCCCCUUUUGAGGAAGAGAGGAAUGAGCAGAAGUUUGAUGAUUCCGAACGGAAGAAAGCGGAAAAGUAUGCGUUAUCAAAUAAUCAAGUUCUUCUAACUGACGUUCUAGGAAUUAAAACAAAUAAAGCAGUGAGCCAACCCCCUCCAUUAGCACAAGUGGUGGAGGGAAGGGUUAUAACUGAGAGUACAAAAGAGGCUUUGGAGGGGAUAGAGGGGAAUUCAAAGCUGUGGAUUGGGAAGGAUUACACGAAUUUCAUUGUGAAGGACUUUAAUAACUUAGAUCUGCCUUUUAUAGACUUAGUGGACAGGAACACAACGCCGAGAAUGCCUUGGCAUGACGUCGGUGUUCUUGUACAAGGCGCAGCCGCUAGAGACGUGGCUCGACAUUUUAUACAGAGAUGGAAUGCUAUCAAAUUGGAAAAAUAUAGACAAAACGCAAACUAUCCGUACCUUCUGCCAAAAACAUACAGUGAAAUAAAGCCUCUGCAAGACCUUGAAGAAACUCUGAACAUUGAUAUGAAAACUGUGUCGUGUCAGGUGCUGCGCAGUGUGUCUUGCUGGUCGUGUGGCUUCCUGGACCCGGACACCGUGGAGCAGAGUAUACACGAGGCGUACGUCGACACCAUCACGAGAGCCCAGCACUACAUCUACAUAGAGAACCAGUUUUUCAUCACCCUGUCCCGGACUAACGUGUCAGUGAGGAAUCAGAUAGGGGAGGCGUUGUUCAACCGCAUCAUGCGCGCGCACCGCGGCGGGCAGCGGCUGCGUGUGUUCGUGGUGAUGCCGCUGCUGCCCGGCUUCGAGGGCGAGGUGGGCGCGCCCUCGGGCACCUCGCUGCACGCCGUCACGCACUGGAACUACCAGAGCAUCUGCAGGAGCCGUGAAGCUAUACUAACGCGUUUAUACGAAGCGGGUAUUUCAGACCCGUCGGAGUAUAUAACGUUCCACGGGCUUCGUACACACUCGCAACUCGACGGCGAACCGAUCACCGAACUUAUUUACGUCCAUUCGAAGUUGUUGAUCGCUGAUGACAAAACGGUGAUAUGCGGCAGUGCCAACAUCAACGACAGGUCUAUGAUCGGGAAGAGGGACUCCGAAAUCGCUGUUCUAAUCCAGGACGAGCAGUUUGACGACGGUACUUUGAACGGGCAGGCGUUCCCUUGCGGUCGGUUUGCGGGGACGCUUCGUAAGCGACUGUUCCGCGAACACCUGGGCUACAUGGACACCGAUCCCGCUCGUUACGGCUUGAUUUUGGAUGAUCCUUGCAGUGAACAGUUCUAUAGAGAUGUGUGGAAGGCCACAUCCACGCAGAACACCCAAAUCUACGAGGAGGUAUUUCACACAAUACCAACGGACGCGGUGCACUCUUUCGCCGAACUGAAACGUUAUCAAGAGGAACACAGCGAAACUCUUUGGCGCAAAGAUCCUGUUCAAGCAAACAGAAAAAUAGACCUUAUUCAAGGGUAUUUAGUCGAUUUGCCGCUGGAUUUCCUGUGCAACGAAGUGCUAACCCCGAGGAAUACCUCCAUGGAGGGUAUGAUGCCCACAGCGUUGUGGACAUGA